UUCCAAAGAAGAUAGCCUCCGAAAGCGGAAAACCCUAAUUACUGCGCCAUCUCAAUUGCUAUCCAACAAGCGUUUCCUUCACCGCUGUCGGCUGUUCGUCCGGCGUAGUUGUUUCGUCAGGUCGACAUUCCGGAUGGCUGGGAUGGAUAAAAAGCCUUCUGCAAAACAAUCUGGUGGUGGGAAGAAGAAGGAGGUGAAGAAAGAGACAGGUCUAGGACUUUCUCAUCGAAAGGCAGACAACUUUGGGGAGUGGUAUUCUGAGGUGGUUGUCAAUGGGGAAAUGAUCGAAUACUAUGAUAUUUCUGGAUGCUAUAUUCUAAGGCCAUGGGCUAUGUCAAUAUGGGAGGUCAUGCAAGAAUUCUUUGAUGCGGAAUUAAAGAAAAUGAAAGUCAAGAACUGCUACUUCCCUUUAUUUGUGUCGCCUGGAGUUUUGCAGAAGGAAAAGGAUCAUGUUGAGGGCUUUGCACCAGAGGUUGCUUGGGUAACAAAGUCUGGGGAAACCGAUUUAGAAGUUCCUAUUGCUAUUCGCCCAACCAGUGAGACUGUAAUGUAUCCAUACUACUCUAAGUGGAUAAGGGGACAUCGGGACUUGCCUUUGAAACUUAACCAGUGGUGCAAUGUUGUUAGAUGGGAGUUCAGCAAUCCUACACCUUUUAUCAGGAGUCGUGAGUUUCUUUGGCAGGAAGGACACACUGCUUUUGCAACAAAGGAGGAGGCGGAUGCUGAGGUCCUUGAGAUAUUGGAAUUGUAUAGGCGAAUAUAUGAAGAAUAUUUGGCAAUUCCUGUCAUCAAGGGUAAGAAAAGUGAGCUGGAGAAGUUUGCUGGUGGACUUUACACCACUAGUGUUGAGGCAUUCGUCCCAAAUACUGGUCGAGGCAUACAAGGUGCAACCUCUCAUUGUCUGGGCCAAAAUUUUGCUAAAAUGUUCGAGAUAAACUUUGAAAACGAGAAGGGAGAGAAAGCAAUGGCCUGGCAGAACUCUUGGGCCUACAGUACUCGAACUAUUGGCGUGAUGGUGAUGGUUCAUGGAGAUGACAAGGGAUUGGUGCUACCCCCUAAAGUAGCCUCAGUCCAAGUUAUUGUUAUUCCAGUCCCAUACAAAGAUGCUGAUACUCAGGGUAUAUAUAAUGCCUGUUCUGCAACUGUGAAUACAUUGUGCCAAGCUGGGAUUCGUGCUGAGUCAGACUUUAGGGACAACUAUUCCCCUGGUUGGAAGUAUUCACAUUGGGAAAUGAAAGGUGUUCCUCUAAGGAUUGAAAUUGGACCAAAGGACUUGGCAAAUGAGCAGGUCCGUGCAGUCCGACGUGAUAAUUCAGCAAAAAUAGAUAUCCCUAAUGCUGGUUUGGUUGAGCAAGUCAAAGAUUUGCUGCAUAGUAUUCAACAGAGCCUGUUUGAUGAAGCGAGACGAAAGCGUGAUGCUUGUGUUCAGGUUAUACAUACUUGGGAUGAGUUUGUGGAAGCAUUGAGCCAAAGAAAAAUGAUCUUGGCUCCUUGGUGUGAUGAGGAGGAGGUGGAAGUAGACGUGAAAGCAAGGACAAAGGGUGAGAUGGGAGCGGCUAAGACCCUGUGUAGCCCCUUUGAUCAACCAGAGCUCCCAGAAGGUACCAAAUGCUUUGCAUCAGGAAGAUCUGCGAAGAAAUGGUCAUACUGGGGAAGAAGUUACUAGGUUAUUGGCUCCUGGUUGUGGUUUUUACUCAACUUAAAACUAGAAUUAAAAUAUGCAUUAUUGCCGCGUAUGACUGGAUCCGAUGGGAGGAAAAGAAACGGUAGUUUUGGUUUUGUUUUGUUUUGUUUUGUUUGGGCAUUUUUAAAGUGAUAGGUUUUACGUUGGUCUUUUAUCUUACAUGAUUUAAAGAAUUUUCUUUUGGUACUCUGAAACCAAAAAAAAAAAAAAAGAAUUUUCUUU